AUGAUAGCAAGAAAGGCGACUAGUGAAGAUGCCGAGAAUGCCCUUGGGAAAGAAUACGCUCUUUUCGCAAUUGAAGGGCUUGUUUCUUCUCUUUGCCGGAUGGAGCUUUUUAGCCACUUUUCAUAUCAUAAAGUCGGCCUGCUUCGAAUAAGCAAUCACAAAGAAUGUCUUCUUUUUUAUUGUUCUGUCAAAGGUUUCCUUAUCGCUCGGAUAUCUCUUUAUGGACGAACUCCAGAAGGCGGUUGCGCUAUCCCUCUUCCUUUGCUCACGAGUCUCUGUGGUUCGUGUUUUCCUCGCCCACAGUUCUUUUAUGGUACCUUUUGGUAUGUAUUGCCCCCUAACUCUAUAUCAGAUCCACCAGACGAGAAACGUGAUUCCGAACUGCUGCUGAGUCGUCGGACUUAUCCACCAAGGGAUUCGUGGAAUUUCAGCGUCCCCUUUUCUUUGGGGUAUGCAGAUACUAAGAGUCCUCUCACUACCAACCAGUAGACAUCAUCUGGCUGGGUCUUGCCGGGGGGAUCGGAGCAACAGGGAAGGCCUAGACGGCGUUUUUAUUCCUGGGCUGCAGUAAGUAGAUCGAGAGGUCGUUCCGCCCCUUGUCCCCCAAGAUGGGUAAUAUGUUCUCAAUAAAUGUUGCUCCAAUCUGACCUAGCUGGCGAGCGAUCCCAGUAGGCAGAGAACAAGACAGCAAGCGAGCGUACCUUUGUUCGCUUCUUCUCCACCAAGCACGGAAGUUUAAGGAUAACUGUAGGUCGGUGGAUACCUAAGGAAACUCCGAUUCGAUCCGCCCCCCGGCUGGGAGGCAUUUACCUCAUCCCGAUCACAAGGAGAGGUUCACCAUGAUGGGGGGGUCCUCUCUUUUUUUCCCUUCCGGAAAGAAUGAAAUGCAUAGGGGACCAUCCUUUUGUUGCGGCAUGCUCUUCAGAUUUACGGAUUCGUAGGGGGCCUCAGGCCCUAGCUUAGUUGACUGACAAUGACAAAGGCUUUCGAAACUAAGCUAGGGCCUUUUGAAUUGAAUCUUAAGUAGUCUAUCAGUGGGGCGAAGCGUGAAUGACCCUUUUCAGUAGGGGAGCGAAAGGUUAGACCUUCUAAAGGCAGCGAACAGCGGUUCUUCUAUGUAGGUAUGGCGUUCCCCCUUGACUCUCCUAACGUCGAGCUAAGUGACUUCGUAACCUUUGCGUAGCGUAGUAGAAUGAAGGCUACGCACCGACGCUCUCUUAUCUAUUAGCCUAAGCGUCUUCGCUAACUUGCUCGCCUAUUAUACUACACCCUACUAUACAAUACAUUAGUAGGGUAGGCUAAGCUAACGCUUACUUCUACUAAUGUAUUGUAUAGCCUUUUCC